CGUAGGAGUUGGGAAUCUCUACCCGAGUCGUGCAGAUUUCCUUUUUCCUCUCUUUUGAGAGAGAGAAAGAAGCACCGAGACUGCAAAGGAGAGGCCCCGCCAGGUUCUGCCCGCCUGCAAAGUGUUGCUUUGACAUAUGCUUAUGAUGGAAGUUCAGUGAGAAAUUGUUAUUAUUUUUCCAAGAAACUCCAGAAGGAGAGCUGCUACGGAAGCGACCCGGGGAAGGAAAAAUCCCGUAGGCAGGCCAAUGGUUUUUCGGCAGAGUGCUGGCAAGUUUGUGGAGCACUUUCUAGGAACUAGGUCUUUUUCCUCCCCCUUUAUCUUUUUGACUUGUGAAGAAAGAACUUGCUUUGGAUUGCAAUGGAGCAUAAGAAGAGAGGGUUAGAUGCACUUGAAUAAUCCCUCCAGCUGGGUUGAAUCGGUGGGAAUUUAGGGAGCCCGCGAGUGGAAGCGUAGCAGGCAUUCUGCGUGGAUCUCCAUGUGCCCCAUUCAAGAGCCGUCUCCACCAACCCUUCCGAUCUUGGGAUCUGCUCUGCUUGACUUCGGGCCCUAUCUAGGAAAGUCUAAACUUUGGACCUACCUCUUUUUUUGAUACUUAUUUUUGUACUUUUGCUCUCUGGGAUUGGUUUCUAAAAGCAAUCUGGAUCUCCCUUUUUUAAAAUAUGUCAAAAUGAGUCUGCUGAUGUUUACACAACUACUGCUCUGUGGAUUUUUAUAUGUUCCAGUAGACGGAUCUCGUCUGCGUCAGGAGGACUUUCCCCCACGGAUUGUGGAGCACCCUUCGGAUGUUAUCGUUUCCAAGGGCGAACCCACCACUCUGAACUGUAAGGCCGAGGGCCGGCCGACGCCCACCAUUGAGUGGUACAAGGAUGGGGAGCGGGUGGAGACGGACAAAGAUGACCCCCGUUCCCACAGGAUGCUUCUGCCCAGCGGAUCCUUAUUCUUCCUGCGCAUUGUGCACGGACGCAGAAGUAAACCCGAUGAAGGAAGCUACGUUUGUGUGGCAAGGAAUUAUCUAGGAGAAGCAGUGAGUCGAAAUGCAUCCCUGGAAGUGGCAUUAUUGCGAGAUGACUUCCGGCAAAACCCCACAGAUGUUGUGGUGGCCGCAGGGGAGCCUGCAAUCCUGGAGUGCCAGCCUCCUCGGGGUCAUCCAGAGCCUACCAUCUACUGGAAAAAAGACAAAAUUCGGAUCGAUGAUAAAGAAGAGAGAAUAAGUAUACGUGGUGGCAAGCUGAUGAUCUCCAACACCAGGAAAAGCGAUGCGGGAAUGUAUACCUGUGUUGGUACCAAUAUGGUGGGCGAAAGGGACAGUGAUCCAGCGGAGCUGACUGUCUUUGAACGACCCACGUUUCUCAGGAGGCCAAUUAACCAGGUGGUGCUGGAGGAAGAAGCUGUUGAGUUUCGAUGUCAGGUCCAGGGAGAUCCUCAACCAACUGUGCGCUGGAAAAAGGAUGAUGCAGACUUGCCCAGGGGAAGGUAUGACAUCAGGGAUGAUUACACGCUGAGAAUUAAGAAGGCCAUGAGCACAGAUGAAGGCACGUACCUGUGCAUUGCUGAGAACCGAGUGGGAAAGGUGGAGUCCUCCGCCACCCUCACCGUCCGAGCUCGCCCUGUUGCUCCUCCACAGUUUGUGGUUAGGCCAAGAGAUCAGAUUGUUGCUCAAGGUCGAACAGUGACAUUUCCCUGUGAAACAAAAGGAAACCCACAGCCAGCUGUUUUUUGGCAGAAAGAAGGAAGCCAGAAUCUACUUUUCCCGAACCAACCUCAGCAGCCCAACAGUCGAUGUUCGGUGUCACCAACUGGAGACCUCACCAUCACCAACAUUCAGCGUUCAGAUGCAGGCUACUAUAUCUGUCAGGCCUUAACUGUGGCAGGAAGUAUCUUAGCAAAAGCACAACUGGAAGUUACUGAUGUGUUGACAGACCGGCCUCCGCCCAUCAUUCUACAAGGCCCAGCCAACCAGACACUAGCAGUAGAUGGGACUGCCUUACUGAAGUGUAAGGCCACUGGUGAUCCUCUUCCUGUAAUCAGCUGGCUCAAAGAGGGAUUUACUUUUCUGGGUAGAGAUCCCAGAGCAAGUAUACAAGAGCAAGGGACAUUGCAGAUUAAGAAUUUACGGAAUUCUGAUACUGGCACGUACACCUGUGUGGCAACCAGUUCAAGCGGAGAGACGUCUUGGAGCGCCGUGUUAGAGGUGACCGAAUCUGGAGCAACAAUCAGUAAAAAUUAUGAUCUAAAUGACCUGCCGGGGCCACCUUCCAAACCACAGGUCACUGAUGUUACUAAAAAUAGUGUCACCUUGUCCUGGCAGCCAGGUACCCCCGGGAACCUUCCAGCAACCGCAUAUAUCAUUGAGGCUUUCAGCCAAUCAGUGAGCAAUAGCUGGCAGACAGUCGCCAACCACGUGAAGAGCACUCUCUAUACCGUGAGAGGACUGCGGCCCAAUACAAUCUACUUGUUCAUGGUUAGAGCGAUCAACCCACAAGGUCUCAGUGACCCAAGUCCUAUGUCUGAUCCUGUGCGUACACAAGACAUCAGCCCACCAGCACAAGGAGUAGACCAUAGACAAGUGCAGAAAGAACUAGGAGAUGUAAUUGUCCGUCUUCAUACUCCAGUGGUAUUGACUCCGACUACCGUUCAGGUCACUUGGACGGUUGACCGCCAGCCCCAGUUCAUCCAAGGGUACCGAGUGAUGUACCGUCAGACCUCAGGCCUGCAAGCUACAUCUUCAUGGCAACAGCUGGAUGCCAAAGUCCCCACCGAGAGAAGUGCUGUCUUGGUCAAUCUGAAAAAGGGUGUGACUUACGAAAUUAAGGUUCGGCCAUAUUUUAAUGAGUUCCAAGGAAUGGAUAGUGAAUCUAAAUCAGUCCGCACAACCGAAGAAGCUCCAAGUGCCCCUCCCCAGUCUGUCACAGUGUUGACCGUCGGAAGCCAGAACAGCACAAGCAUCAGUGUAUCCUGGGAUCCUCCUCCUCCAGACCACCAGAAUGGAAUCAUCCAAGAAUAUAAGAUUUGGUGUCUUGGAAAUGAAACACGCUUCCACAUUAACAAAACUGUGGAUUCAGCCAUUCGGUCAGUUAUAAUUGGUGGAUUAUUCCCAGGCAUUCAAUACCGGGUAGAAGUUGCAGCCAGUACUAGCGCAGGAGUUGGAGUAAAAAGUGAGCCUCAGCCAAUUACAAUUGGGGGACGUAAUGAAGUUGUUAUUACUGAAAACAAUAACAGCAUAACUGAGCAGAUAACCGAUGUUGUGAAGCAGCCAGCCUUCAUAGCGGGGAUUGGUGGUGCCUGCUGGGUAAUUUUGAUGGGUUUUAGCAUCUGGUUAUAUUGGCGAAGAAAGAAGAGAAAGGGACUCAGUAAUUAUGCUGUUACGUUUCAAAGAGGCGAUGGAGGAAUAAUGAGCAAUGGAAGCCGUCCAGGUCUUCUAAAUGCCGGUGAUCCCAAUUAUCCAUGGCUUGCUGAUUCAUGGCCAGCCACAAGUUUGCCAGUAAACAACAGCAAUAGUGGCCCAAGUGAAAUUGGAAAUUUUGGGCGUGGAGAUGUGCUGCCACCAGUUCCAAGCCAAGGGGAUAAAACAGCAACGAUGCUCUCAGAUGGAGCCAUUUAUAGCAGCAUCGACUUCACGACCAAAACCACUUACAACAGUUCCAGCCAGAUAACCCAGGCCACACCAUAUGCCACAACUCAGAUCUUGCAUUCCAACAGCAUACAUGAACUGGCUGUUGAUCUUCCUGAUCCACAAUGGAAAGCCUCCAUUCAGCAAAAAACAGAUCUGAUGGGAUUUGGUUAUUCUCUGCCUGAUCAGAACAAAGGUAACAAUGGUGGCAAGGGUGGAAAAAAGAAGAAAAAUAAAAACUCUUCCAAACCGCAGAAAAACAAUGGAUCUGCCUGGGCCAAUGUUCCUCUACCUCCUCCCCCAGUUCAGCCCCUUCCUGGCACAGAACUGGAACACUAUGCAGUGGAACAGCAAGAAAAUGGCUAUGACAGUGAUAGCUGGUGUCCACCAUUACCAGUACAAACAUACCUACAUCAGGGUAUGGAAGAUGAACUGGAAGAAGAUGAUGAUCGAGUCCCAACCCCUCCGGUCCGAGGUGUGGCCUCUUCUCCUGCUAUUUCCUUUGGCCAGCAGUCCACGGCAACACUCACUCCAUCCCCACGUGAGGAAAUGCAGCCCAUGCUGCAGGCCCACCUGGACGAGCUGACAAGAGCCUAUCAAUUUGACAUAGCAAAGCAAGCAUGGCACAUUCAAAGCAAUAAUCAACCUCCGCAGCCCCCUGUUCCACCAUUAGGUUAUGUGUCUGGAGCCCUGAUGUCUGACUUGGAAACAGAUGUUCCAGAUGAUGAUGCUGAUGAUGAAGAGGAAGCUUUAGAAAUCCCCAGGCCACUGAGAGCACUAGACCAGACACCGGGAUCCAGUAUGGACAAUCUGGACAGCUCUGUGACAGGUUCAAUGGUAAAUGGAUGGGGCUCUGCAUCCGAUGAGGAUCGUAACUUUUCUAGUCAUAGAUCUAGUGUAGGUAGCUCCUCAGAUGGCUCCAUCUUUGCCAGCGGCAGUUUUGCACAAGCACUGGUGGCAGCAGCAGAUAAAGCUGGUUUUAGGCUGGAUGGAACCAGUCUUACAAGAACAGGAAAGGCCUUUACCUCCUCUCAAAGACCUCGACCCACCAGCCCAUUUUCUACAGACAGUAAUACGAGUGCAGCUGUGAGUCAAAGUCAGAGGCCUAGGCCCACUAAAAAACACAAGGGAGGAAGAAUGGACCAACAACCAGCAUUGCCUCAUCGAAGGGAGGCAAUGACGGAUGAGGAGGCCCUGGUGCCCUACAGCAAGCCCAGCUUCCCUUCUCCAGGCGGCCACAGUUCAUCAGGAACAGCUUCUUCGAAAGGAUCCACUGGACCUAGGAAAACCGAGGUGAUGAGGGGAGGCCACCAGCGUAAUGCCAGCGACCUUCUUGACAUAGGAUAUAUGGGUUCAAAUAGUCAAGGACAGUUUACAGGUGAAUUGUAGUAACUGAGAGGAGACAGAUGAAGCUGCUCUGAAGGACCAUCAGGUCUGAACUCAUGGAAGUGACGACACUAAACAGUGCAAUGAACAAUUUCUUUAUUUAUGUACUAUUAAAGAACUGUAAAUGCAAUGUAAAGACACACAGCCACACAUAUCCCACAGAUAUUUUACUUGUGUUCUCUUAAUUACACCACCCACCUUAACUCUUUCUUGUCAGGAGUAUAUAAAAAAAGAAAACAAGAUUUGCCCUCCAGGAAAAAAAAAAGGAAUUUCCCUCUGUAUAUAAAUUUUGUUUUGUGCAUUGCUAUGCAAGGUCACUCUUUUUAGCUCAGUUCCAUAUUAUUGUCUGUUCCUACUGGUCUGUUGUACUAUAUGUGAAUUAAUAGGCUGUGGUGCCAUAUAUUAACUUUUAAUUGUGUAACUUUUGUGUUUAAAUUUUGCACUGCAAUUUUAUUUGGUGAUAAGCACAAAUCUCUACUCCUCAUGACGUGAAGAAUAAGAUUGAAUGUGAAGAGAGUUUCUGUACUGUAAGCUGCGUUGGAUAAUGCUGGUUGUAAUCCUGUUAGAUGGUUUUCAUUUGGGGUGUAGAAUAGGACGAUGCAAAGGAACUAUGGUAUUGGCAAAGUCUUCUUGGAACUUUAGGGACUGAUUCAAUACAACAAAGCUGAAAGGUGGCUUUUACUAUUGACAGAAACAGGGGUCAAGAGAAGGAAGUUGAAGUUUUUAGACUGAAUAUGCAUUAAAGUACACAAGUAGCCAAGAUGUACUAAACUUGCUAAAUAAGAUAAAAUUUCUUAGCAUCAAUUUUACCUGUUAUUGUAAUUGACCCAUAUGAGAAUUUCAACAAGCAAAAGAAAAUUAAGCUAUAUCACGAAUUGAUGCAUAAACAGUCUUUUAAAGCAAAUUCUGAAAUACCAUAAUUAAUCUCUCCAGCUCAUUAAGUCAGAAUUUGAACGUCCCUAAGGAAACAAAAUGAAAUGAACUCCAGAAUAUCUAGCUAAUAGUUGAACCAUUAAGACAUACCUGAGCUGCUUCCAAAUGUAAACUCAAUUGCAGUAUCUUGUUUCACCUCUCUAAUACAUGUGCAGCACACUCUGGGGGAUAGAGCUGCAUCACUAAGAUCCAUGACUUUCCUAAAGGAAAAAAAUUGUGUAAUCUAGGUACAAUUUUGUGUUUCCUUUGCUUAGGAAAUCAAGUUGAUGCCACCAAACCUUUGGCUAAAUUGUGUUUGCAAAGCAGUGCUCAGAGUAUGCUCAGUUCUCAGUAAGUAGAUGUAUUUGGAAUAUUUUAUGGUACCUUCUCAGAAAUCAGCUAUAAGCUAAAAUACGUCUAACCCAUUUUUGAAUGAAGAAAUUGAAAAAACAAAAUUGAAAGGAGAAAAAAAAUGCAUGUUUAUACACUUUUGAAAUAAAACCAAACCUUGUAAGUGGACAUUAAUGACAGUAGUCCUGCCUCAUUUGUUUUCACGACUUUGAGAACAAGAAGUUCCUGAACAUCGGGCAUGUAUGCUCAAGAUAAAUGUGACUUUGAGAAUAAAUGUUAGCUAUUGUACAUGUAGAGUCGAUCAGUCAUGUAGAAGAUAUUCUGCCUGAAAUUCCUACUUGUGACGUUUUACCACAUGCUACCCACACAAAGUUUCUGUCUUUACUUUCUCAUAUUUUUUUUCCUUAUGUUUAGUACUUGAUAUUUGGAAAACCAUUCAGUGUGAUGAUGAAUUCUAAAGUAUGUGACCUCUUUGGAAAGGACCCUCAUUCCUUGCAUUAUUGGCUCGGUCACCAAUUUAUGUCCUGUUGUUGUAUGGAAAUUUUACCUAAUGGAGUUGAUUCCGCCUGCUCUGAUUCUCUAAGACUGCAGCAACUCAGGCAAGCAUACCCUGCGAUGCUGAUGAUGGACGGGCCCCAGGAAUUUCUUGGUGCCAUGUAAUUAGUUUCUU